AUGAAUUGGGCAGACUUGGUGAUCACGAUAGGCGGGGACGGCAUGUUCCUUCUAGCCUCGAAAUUAAUUACGAACAACAGGAAGCCUGUAUGCGGGAUCAAUCCAAAUAUCUCGAAGGAGAACACUUUCACGGUCCCUUCGAAGUACGUGGCCGAUAUCGAGCGCAUAUUCGAGAAACUGUACAGAGGAGACUACGAUACAUUGAUGAGGAGUCGUAUAAAAACGAUAAUGGUCGGGGAGGGACUUUUUAGACGACCCUUUCAUAUACACGAGAAGAGCCGCGAGUUCGGGGAGAGAAGACACAAAGUUCUUACACGAUCGAUACAAAGGAAAAUAGAGGACUCCCUUCAACCCCGUGAGAGGACCUUACCUUGGCUGGCGUUAAACGAAGUGUUUAUAGGGGAAUUUUUGGCAGCAAGGCCGAUUACAUUAUUCCUUGAUAUCGAGGAACAAAAAUCGUACAAAAUUCGAUGUUCAGGUAUGUGCAUUUGCACGGGUACGGGUUCCCGAUUUUGGUAUAAAACUAUAAACAUACAGUCGGCUGAAACUGUUGAAAAAAUCGUGGAAAUUGCAACCGGCCAAAAGCUAAGCCGCCACGAAAUUUACAAAAUAUUGAAGAAAUAUCAUCGGGCUCUCAUCUAUUCUGAAGAGGAUUUAAACAUGACGUACAUGAUCCGCGAGAUGCAUCACAAUUCACGUUGCGAGAGAAACAAUUGCCCCAGCAAACAAAAGUGCAACAAGCUUUCCGUGAAGUCUUCUGGCUUUGAUGCUGGCAUCAUGAUAGACGGAAGCAUCUCUAUGCCUUUCAACGAUGGAGUUGUCGCCACUUUCGAAAUCAAACCUGAAUAUUCAUUGAAAACUAUCAUUCUCACAUGA